UUUGCGAGAGAUGCUUCUGUCCCAUUGAGCUGAGAGAGGGCGUCCGCCCGCCUCCCGCUGCCUCGCCCCGCCCCUCCGCCUGGUGGGCGUGCGGAAGAAAGUGGGCGGGGCGGGCGAGAGUCUGCGGCGGCGGAGAGUCGGGCGGUGGGAGCGAAGGCAGAGCGAGUCGCCCCGCUGUUUGAUCCCCCCGCCCCCCCUCCUGAGGGAACACCAACGGCCGGAAAGUGACGGUUGAGGGUGCAGGGGCGCGCGAGGGGCUUCUUUUCCCGCCCUUUUCUGACGGGUGGGGGGAGGGAGGGAAGAAAAGCCUUUUUCUGAGGGGAAUCGCUGAGGCGGCGGCGGCGGCGGCCGGUUCCUCCCUCCGCCAACCGCGGCGGGCCGCGCCCUCAGCUCCGCCGCCGGGUGAGGAGGGGCGAUGGGCGGGCCGGUGGUCUCCUAGCUCCGCCGCCGCCGUCGUGGCCCGCCGCCCGCCCGCUCCGAGGCCCGAGAGCGGCCCCCGCGGCUCCCCAGCCCGCCGCCCUCUGUUGUCGUCGUCGUCCUCCUCCUCUCUCCGCGGCCUGCCAUGUCCGGGGUGGUGCGGACCCUGAGCCGCUGCCUCCUGUCGGCCGACGCGGCGUCGGGCCGGGGCGAGAGGCCGCCGCCGCCGGGCGAAGGGGGAAAGGAAGGCGGGCGGGACGCGGAGCGCGAGGCCCGGCGCCGCAGCCGCGAGAUCGACGCGAUGCUGGCCCGCGAGCGGCGCUCGGUGCGGCGCCUGGUCAAGAUCCUGCUGCUGGGCGCCGGCGAGAGCGGCAAGUCCACCUUCCUCAAGCAGAUGCGCAUCAUCCACGGCCGCGAGUUCGACCAGAAGGCGCUGCUGGAGUUCAGGGCCACCAUCUACGAGAACGCCCUCAAGGGCUGCAGGGUUCUAGUCGAUGCACGGGACAAACUAGGGAUCCCUUGGCAGUAUACAGAGAAUGAGAAGCAUGGGAUGUUUCUAAUGGCCUUUGAAAAUAAAGCUGGGGUGCCCAUUGAGCCUUCCACGUUCCAGUUGUAUGUACCUGCCCUGACUUGCCUGUGGAAGGAUGCUGGGAUCAAGGAGGCGUUUAGCCGUCGAAGUGAAUAUCAGCUGGGUGAAUCGGUGAAAUAUUUUCUGGAUAAUUUGGACCGGAUUGGCCAAUUGAACUAUUUUCCCAGUAAGCAAGACAUCUUGCUGGCUAGAAAAGCUACCAAGGGGAUUGUGGAGCAUGACUUUAUCAUCAAGAAGAUUCCUUUCAAAAUGGUCGAUGUGGGUGGACAGCGGUCUCAACGCCAAAAAUGGUUUCAGUGUUUUGAUGGGAUAACAUCUAUACUAUUCAUGGUCUCCUCAAGUGAAUAUGAUCAGGUCCUUAUGGAAGAUAGACGCACAAAUAGACUAGUUGAAUCUAUGAACAUCUUUGAAACCAUUGUCAACAACAAGCUCUUUUUUAAUGUCUCCAUCAUUCUCUUCCUUAACAAAAUGGACCUACUUGUGGAGAAAGUGAAGAAUGUCAGCAUUAAGAAGUACUUCUCAGACUUCAGGGGUGAUCCUCACCGGCUGGAAGAUGUUCAGCGUUACCUGGUACAAUGUUUUGACAGAAAGCGGCGGAAUCGCAGUAAACCCCUCUUCCAUCAUUUCACCACAGCCAUAGACACUGAAAACAUCCGCUUUGUGUUCCAUGCUGUGAAGGAUACAAUCCUUCAGGAAAACCUUAAGGAUAUUAUGUUGCAGUGAAGGAAAACUGAAGGAACUGUCUAUUCAAACCUAGCCUAGUUGAAGGCCCAACCUUUAUAGCCUAUACGGUGGAUUUUUAAAAAAAAAGAUCCAUGCUGUUACUUGGCUCAAGGAAGCUGCAAAAUAGCCAGUCCCAAUGGAGGAGCAGCAAGCAGAAGGACUGUGAGAGCUCAAGCUAGCUACUGUAUCACUUAACUAAACAAACAAGCAAACAAAAAACUACUGAAAGUAGUAAAUUGCAAGUGCAGUGCCUUCUUUUGAACUCUUAAUAACAUUAUUGCCUUCUGCCUUUUGAAAAGAUAAUUCUAAGUUUGAAAAAUGACGUAAAGACAUUUGUGUUUUUUAAUCCACUGUCAUUGUGCAAGAGAGUUGGUUGUAAAGCCUGUCUGCCUCACUUGUUUUGGGUGCUGAAUUAACAAAUCCAGUAAGUUCAUUGAUACUUCUAUUUGGAGAAUACAUUGCAAUAUGUUAAUAUCUAAGUUUGGUGUACGCAAAAUUGUUUGCCAGUAACCAGACUGUGCUUGCCAAAAUGAUUAUCCAGCUCUUCUUUGAGACUCUCUACAGUUUCCCUCUUGUCGAAGUUUACAACUGUAAAUUGAACUUGGCUGGCCACACUAGUGAAUUUCAUUUUAGCAAUUGGCCUGAAAGGGGGCAGAAAUCCAAGACCUGGGUUGGUGCAACACAGGGCUGUACUUUGCACUACAUGUUACAGUGUUUAUUGCAUCAUGGAAAAUAAGACUUUUAUUUUCUUUUUAUUUUACUUUUCAUAUAGCAUGAGGCUGGAGCUCACACAGAUGCUCUGCUGAGACAUUAACUCUGUUCUCAAACCUAUAGUUGGAACUAUAUGAAAACUUUCUCUUGACAGAAUAUUAUGUAUGAGACAUAUUAUGGGCGUUCUCAUAAAAGGGAAGCUAAUGCUAUUCCUUAGCCAAAUGUUUGGUAAGCAGAGGCUGCUCAUAGCACUAAAGCCAAAUGCUCUUGAGGUUUCCACUUUACAGCUGCACUGAGUUUGGAAAGAAGAGCUCUGCUUUGAACUAAUCCUUAAUUGUUGCUGUAUGAAUUUACUAGGUUAUAUAAUAUACACUUAAAAUAUUGUAAACUGUCAAGUUCAAAGUUGCCCCUUUAAGGCUACUACAGAGUACAUGUGAAUUUGCAGGAGGCUGUGAAUAAUGUUGAUGUGAACUUCCUUUUUAAUUCUAAAGUGUUGAAUUUAACUAUGGGUGCCUAUUUUGUGUGUACUGAUGUUUCACACUCUGUCUGAUAUGAGGUAUGUAUUAACUACACUAAACCCUACAUUUUCAGUGCUAUAGACUUUAUUCAGGGAUCUUCUUAAACAUAAGAAAUGUUUACCAUACUUUUGGUACCAUACUUGUCAUAUCAAAUUAUAAAGGGCUUAUUCUUUCCUGUAUCAUGAUAUCAGAAUGCUGUAGCUUAUGCCCCUCUGGGACAAUCAUGUCUUACACAGUAGGCAAAACUCCAGGUAUAAAUGCCACCAAUAACAGCAAACUAAAACAAAUCUCUCAUGACUUCUGCUUGGACAAAUUCCAGGGUAUUUUUUUCCCCUCUGGGGAUUACUCACAUUUAUAUAAGCAUGUUUUUGUGUGGUGUACCCUACUUUGAACCAGAAAUUUUCCACUCUUAUAGUGAUGUUUGUGCAAAAUCAAGCUAAGUUUUGGACAUUAAGAAAGAGUUUGUCUCCUACUUUUUAUCUAAAACUAAAAUUUCAAUAAGACAACAACCAAACCACAUAGUGACUGCAGACAUUUCAACCUUUUGAGAUGAAAUUACAUUUGGAGACUUUCUAGUGACACUUGUCUUACUUUCUAGGACCAAUUAUUUUACUGUUUAAAUAUCUGCUUCUAGAAAAGAAAACAAUAUUGCAAUUUUGCCAUGAGUACGCUAAAGUGUUGAAUAAUUUUGCAGGCUAUGAAUGGGCUAUUCAAGGGUUAAGGGGAAUGCAUCUCAGCUACGAUUGCCGAUUUCUAUUCAUUGGGUUUCUUCAUUGAUGUCUCUUUUGAAAAUUUAAAUUCCACAUGCCUAAAAAGAUGUUUGAUUUGUGUUUCUCAAAUAGCUAUCUUGACAUGAGAAGUUUCAAGAGCAGUUUGUGAUGUGGAAUAUGCACCUGCUUUUAAAGGAGAAAAUUCCCAUUAGACAUGUUCACAACCCGUGGCAUUCAUAAGUAGCUCUUAUGUAUUCUGGUCACAGUAUUUUAAUUUGCUUCCUCAGCAGUAAUAUACAGUCUAGAAGGAGCCUUGACUAUUCAAUUAAAAAAUUGAACUUUAUAUAUUUUCUACCCAAAAGUGCCUCGGUUUUACCUAUUAACUUUUCUUUGCCCUUAAGUGGCAGGGAGUAGCACAAACCCAUUUAUAACAAUCUGAACUAUGCCACCACUUGCGUUUUAAAAUAAAAACUUAGAAAUAAUAUGCUGCAGUUCUCAAAUUGUUCUUUUUCUUACAACUCUGCCUAGUCGUGUACUGUAUUUCUUUUUUUGUAUGGCUACCGUAGUAUUUGCAUGUAAAAUGUAUUAUAUUACUGUGUUCCUUUGGUAUCAGAUAGUUAUCUUUUGGUAUGAUGGAAGCCCCUUGCUGGGGCAAACUUACCGUAAAGAUUUUGGUAGCCAGAUUAAGACUGCAAUCCUAAACUAUGUCUACCUAGCAGUAAACCCAAUUGAAUUCAGUGGGACUUGCUUCCCAGUAAAUGGAGAUUAGGAUUGCAGUCAAAAUCAAGUUCAACCUAAUCCAUUUUUCAGCCAAUUUAUUUUGCCAUUUAAGAUGCUGUUAGCUCUAGUCCUCCAGCUUCUCAUCCCUUCAGCUGCACGCCUUGGUCAUGAUCACACACUGAUAUAAUUCUUGUGAUUAACAUUGUAGUAGAAGCUUAGCAUCUAACAGGCAGGAUGUUUUAACAAUUUCAGGAUUACAGUGCAGCCUGGUUUAAAUAACUAGUUGGAAUCCUAAAACUAUCUUUUAACAGUAUAGCUUCACACAGAUAAGGGAAACCUCUUUUCUAAUCAUAGCACUGCUCAUAUACUGUGUUUCAAUAGUUCGCUUUGAAUUCAAAAUCUUUUUUUGCAAUCCAGUACAGUAGUAUUGGGUGCUCUGCAACCAUUGAAUUACCCGCUCUUUCUUCCUCUUGCCAAAGCCACAAGACAUUUGCCUUUAAUUGUAACCCUUGAGAACAUUUUGUCCUAAGUACAAUUAGCAGGGAGAGGAAAGAUUUGUUGUUGGAAUACUUGAUGUGAUGAUACUUUUAAGCUGGGGAAUGGGUUACACAUCAGACAGUCUAUUACAGGCCUUGAACUUAUGCUUUGACAUAUUACAUACCAAACAGGCUUCAGCUUCUCAUUUGUCAGAGGACGUUUUGCUGUAAAUAAUGUAUAUUGUGCAUUUGGUGUUUUUAGCCAUGGACAAAGAGGAUCACCCCCUCAUGUCUUUAACAGGGUGUGUGUGCAUAUAUAUGUAUUUACAUGCAUGUGCACACACAGGUGGAAGUAGACUUUCUGCUGAAAAUCUGCUUGUUUUUAUAUAAACUCUCCAGGAGCAAGGACUUGCCGGGGGGGGUCAUUUUUCAUGAAAUGGAAGCUGCAAGUUGGCAUGAGUUCACAGUUCCUAUGUUAUACUAUGCACACACUGCAUAUUCAAGUGGACUGUGCACAUGAGCAGAAUUUACCAUGUUAGCAUAACAGAAUAUUGUUGAAACUAACUUUUGAGUUUAUCAACAUAGUAGCUGUCUUAUCCAAAAUAAAGAGUAGCAUUCUGCCAUCCACAAAAAUUUAUAAGGGAUGAACAGAGAUUACCAUGCUUGGCAAGUUUGAGGCCCAUUAAAAAAGACUUUCUGUGGCCUCUGGGAUAGUGACUAAAAUACCGCCACUGCUGUGGAUAUGGUAGAUGUUUCUACUUCUGCCACCAAUUCAUUUCACUAAUUUAAAGAACCCUUAUCAAUGGGCCAGCGAAUUACCUAGGAUUUAGCAAACCUCCCAUAGUUUUAUACCGACCUUCGAGGGUUGGGGGGGUUUUGAGGAGCUCUUUUUUGAUGGUUUUGUUGUUGUUGUUGGGAGGGAGAGAUUUGGAAAAGGAUCUAGUUUCUAGACUUUCAAACAGUGCUGCUUAAGCAUUAACGGUGUGUGUAUUGAAACAAAAUGCAUUGAAACAAAAGCCACCAAUGAAGAGCCUGUAUGCUUUCCCCCAGAAUAAGGAUUUGGCAGCAUAUUAAAACAACUUAUUGGCACUACUGUAGCUAUUGGCACACACAUAAAUCUUUUUUCCCCCUAGCCUGCCUGUUUGUUUAUAACUGGGACAUGCAAAUUCAGGUUUCUUGCAGUGUGCUCUUGAGAGGCUUUGGCUAUGCAGAAGGUCUGAUAAAUGUUCUAAAAGGCAAGCAAGUAUCCUCUUCAAAACCAACAAAAUCAAGCCUUUAGAUUUGGGGCCCUCAUACCUUAAAAGACUGUUCCUUAUUUUACUCCAUUGUGUACUUUCAGAUCAACCAAGACUAUUCUCAUGAUUUAUGUGCCAAAUUCAAACUGCAAAGACACACAGAAUGGUAUUUUCAGUGGUUGUUCCACAAUGGUAAAAUUCCAUUCCCUUGUCAAAAUACAACAUGAAUACUAGUGUUCGUACACUAGGUUAAAAAACAACAACACAGAAGCAACAGUAUGACAAAACCCUUAUUAGGACCAACCUAAACAUUACAAAAACUACUUUCUAGAAGCACUGUAAGAGCUGGAACAGAUGCAUAGUUUGUACUACUGGGGAUGUGGGCAGGGUAAUCAAAUGUUUGAAUGAUUUCCACAUAAAAGUCUACCUGCACACACAAACCUAACAUGCUGGAGAGGGGAGGAAGGCUGGUCCUGGCUUGCUUGAUUACUACUUCCAGGAUCUCUCAUGUGGGCCCAAACAUCGGUUCUACCAACCUGGAUGAUUUAGCCCAGCAACAACUACAUCACAUGGGAGUUCUUCCCCAGACUACCUCAAGAGUUCUCCAAAGAUUUUCCUUAGCACACCUGGCCCAUAGCAUGUUAUUGGGUUCUUAUUGGUAGAGAUUAUACAUAAGAGCAAUACAGAGUGGCCAUGCUGCAACUGAUCUGCUUGGGGACAAUUUCAUCUGGUUCCUUUCCCUGGUUGGUGGCUGAAGAAAGCAGCAUAAAUCCAAGUUUGUGUUUGUUUUCUGUUCACUAUCUUGGGGGCUUCAGGUCAAAAGUUGGGAGCAGAAUAAUUGAAAAAAUUAAAUAGGGAACUGACAAAAAUGCUGCCUAGUGUUGACAUUAUACCUGAGAAGUGAUUUCAGAAAUGUCUUCCUUUUCAAGUGGUGCUUCAUCUAUAUUCCACAUAUUUGCACGAGUAGGCUCGUUUUAUACCAAUAUUGCAGACAUAGUAGUGGUUUGCCUACAGCUACUAGUGAAGCACAACUGACAUGAUGAAUGGUUGGUUUCUUGCUCACAAUUGGCCACUGCACCAUACCAGCUCUAGGGCAGUAUUCCAUGCUCAGUGGCGCAUAUAGAAUAUUGCCCUAGAGCUCGUAUAGUGUAGUGAAUCAUCAGAAAUUGAGUAUUGUGGACAGAAAAGGCCUGUGCUUGCCUUAAUCUUUAACUUGAGCAAAAAAAGCUUAAUUAUUCUUGAAAAGUGACAAAUUUAAAAAUAAGUUGUGAUGAAAGUGCCAUAAUUCAUACUGUUAUAUUUUUAAUUGUGUGCUUUAAAACAACCCUGGUCUUUUGUAAGCACUAAAAGAGUAUAAUUCUUUGUGACCUAUUUUGCUGUGAUAGCAGCAGCUUAUGAAAGCUGUGUAUUAGAUUUUUAAAAUGUGGUGUAAAAAUGUGUAUUAUAGCUUUGAAUUAGCUUACUGUUUUGUAUAUAUGAAUUUUGUAAAUCUAUUAAAAUGUGACUUGUUACUGUA